CGAGUGUUGAUUACCGACAGUCGCGAUCGGUCGCGACGCAAAACACGCACGCCACGCAGCGUGCCUCAAGUUAAGUCAAGUCACUUUCAGUCUUGUGCGAAUCUUCCUCAAGGAAUCAAGUACUAGAGUUACAUUACUUUAUUUUGACGAUACAUCUGAGUAAAAUAAAAUCAAAACAACUUGACUAAAAUGGGUGCGUACGCCUGGGUGACUUUAGCCACCAACGAUUCCUAUUCGUUGGGAGCUUUGGUUCUGGCUCAUUCUUUGAAACAAGCUGGGACCACUCAUCGUCUUGCUGUUCUUGUAACUCCUGGUGUUACAAAUUCAAUGAGACAAAAACUAGCAGGCGUAUUUGACUUGGUUCAAGAAGUGAACGUCUUGGAUUCAAAGGAUGAAGCAAAUCUACGUCUUCUAAAACGUCCAGAAUUGGGCAUUACCUUUACCAAGCUGCACUGCUGGCGACUCACGCAAUUCGAGAAAUGCGUCUUCUUGGAUGCAGACACUCUGGUGUUGAAAAACGCUGAUGAAAUCUUCGAACGUGAAGAAUUCUCGGCUGCGCCUGAUGUAGGAUGGCCAGAUUGCUUCAAUUCCGGCGUUUUUGUUUAUAAACCAUCGAAUGAAACUUAUGAUAAACUCAUAGACUUUGCUUUAUCUAAGGGUAGUUUUGAUGGAGGUGAUCAGGGUUUGCUUAAUUUGUAUUUUAACGAUUGGGCACACAAGGACAUCAGUAGACAUCUGCCAUUCAUCUAUAAUAUGUGUUCUACUGCUUGCUAUUCGUAUCUGCCGGCAUUCAAACAGUUUGGAACUGAUGUAAAAAUUGUCCACUUUAUUGGCGCUACGAAACCAUGGUUGCAAUACUUUAACACUGAAUCCAAGCAAGUACAACCCGGAGGUGACAUGUCACACCUCAAAGAAGUCCUUCAAAAAUGGUGGGAUAUCUUCUGUAACCUUGUACAUUCAAAUCUAACAUCAGAAAUGCACCUGCCGCCGGCGAUCGCACAUAACCUCAACGCGUCCGAUCACAGAGACGUCUGGGAUCCGUGGGAGGAUUACAUACCUGAUGCACAAUUCGAAUCUCACAAUACAAACGCACAACAUUCCAUUAUAGACAUUCCUGAUGAAUCAUUAUUAUCACCAGAACCUAAAUCAGCUUUAGAAUCACCUCGAAUUUCAUCUCCUACAGAUGAUGUUGUUGAAGUUAACCCUACUUUUGACCUACCACCAGUUAUCCAUGUUGAUCUCACCUUAGACCAUAUUGAAUCUCCUGAAAGUCCAUCUUCUGAUUCUGUUAGUCCCUAUGAACUUGUAAAUAUUGCGGAUGAUACUCCUGAUGUCCAAGAUGUGGAAGAUGGUGGUUUAGCGGGUGCGUUCGCCCAGUUUAAUCUUGGUACACCAAGAAGUCAAGGUCAAUCUGACCUGGAGGAACACUUGAGGAGGCAGUCAUGGGAAGUGGGCAAUAUUGAUUACAUGGGACGUGAUGCUUUCGACAAGAUUUGGAGUAAGAUCUCCGAGACGAUCGCGACUCCGUCUGAGGGUGGGGCCAAAGAAGGUGAGGCACCUGCUACACCUGCUACUGAAGUGGUGACGACAGAGAUUAAGUCUGAGGAGAAGGCGCCAGUGAAAGAAGAAACUGCUGCGGAAGUUGUUAGUAAACCUGAAGGGGUUAAACCAGCUGAGGUUGCUGCUAAACCGGAAGUUGCUGCUGAUAGUAAACCAGUUGAGGAAAUUAAGUCAGAGGCACUUAAAGUUGAUGAGGCUAAAGUAGAGGUAUCAAAAAAUGAAGAGGUUAAAGUGGAAGCUCCGAAAGCACCUGAAACUGAGGUCAAAACAAUUGAAGCAGUUCCAACUGAAUCACUUGUGGCUCCUGUAGUUACUGAAGCAGCUAAAACUGAAGUGGAAGCUCCAAAAGUAGAAGAAAUUAAAGCAGAAGUUCCAAAAACUGAAGAAGUUAAACCUGAAGCUCCGAAAGCUGAGGAAGUUAAAGUUGAGACACCUAAAGCUGAAGAAGCUAUAAAAUCUGAAGCUCCUAAGGUAGAAGAAACUAAAACGGAAGAGGUUAAAGUAGAAGCUCCAAAAACUGAAGAAGCUAAACCAGAAGCUCCUCAGCCCGAAGCUCCGAAAGUUGAAGAAGUUAAACCCGCAGCUGAGGCCCCUAAAGUUGAGGAAGUAAAACCUGAAGUUCCUAAAGCUGAUGAAACUAAAGUAGAGGCUCCCAAAGGUGAAGAAGUUAAACCAGAAGCUCCCAAAACGGAGGAGACUAAAGUUGAGGAAGUCAAAACUGAACCAGUUGCUCCUCAAGCUGCGGAAGUAAAACCAGAAGUUCCUAAAGCAGAAGAAGUUAAACCAGAAACACCGAAAACAGAGGAAGUUAAAGUGGAGGCUGCAAAACCAGAAGAAGUAAAACCUGAAACUCCCAAAGUUGAGGAAUCUAAACCAGAAGCACCCAAAACUGAAGAAGUUAAAGUAGAAGCUCCAGCAACUGAAGAGGUUAAAGCAGAGGCGCCUAAAGUUGAAGAAAGUAAAGCAGAAGCACCAAAAACUGAAGAAGCAAAACCAGAAACUCCUAAAGUUGAAGAAGUUAAGGUAGAAGUUCCUAAAACAGAAGAGGUGAAAGUGGAUGCUCCAAAAUCUGAGGAAGCUAAACCUGCAGAAGAUAAAUCUGCUGAAGCUGCAACAGCAGCAGAACCUCCCAAAGCAGCUGAAGAGGCAAAAGCUCCUGAAGCUAUUCCAGCAGUAGCUCCCAGUGAGGCUAAACCAGAAGUUGUAGCAGAAACAAAAGUAGAGACUCCAAUUGAAUGUAAACCUUGCGAUAAACCAGCAAGUGCUGAAGCAUGUCCGAAAUCGGAAGCACCUAUUGCGGAACCUGCACCAGAACCAGCGGCAGUGUGUCCAAAAGCAGAAUGCACAGAAAAACCAGCUGAAUGUCCAAAAACUGAAUGCCCAUUAAAGAAGGAAGAACCUACUGUAGCUGAGUGCCCUAAAACCGAAUGUCCACUAAAGAAGGAAGAAUCAUCUCCAGUCGAAUGUCCCAAGACUGAAUGUCCAUUAAAGAAAGAUGAAUCAUCCUCAGCUGAGUGCCCAAAAACUGAAUGUCCUUUGAAGAAGGAAGAAUGUCCCAAAGAAGCAUGUGCUACUGGUGAAUGUCCAGUGAAAGCUGAAUGUCCUAAAGAGGAAUGUCCCAAAAAGGAAUCUCCUAAAAAAGAAACUUGCCUUGUGACGGAAUGUCCCAAGGAAUGCCCCAAAAAGGAAGCACCCAAAGAAGAAGUUUGCCCUGUGACAGAUUGUCCUAAAUCCGAAACACCCGCAGUUGCAGCUGAAGAACCAAAGAAAGAAGAACCUGCACCAACACCUGAAACUCCCAAAGAACCAAAAGAAACCAAAGAACCCCCAAAACUAGACACAUCUGCAACAGCACCCGCACAACCCGAAGUACCAGCAACACCCGAAGUAAUUGCACCCACACCCCAACAACACCAGCUGCAACUACUGAAGCCCCUUCUGAACCAGCAGCAUUGGAAGCAACACCCUCUGUACCGGAAACGCCUCCCCCAGCUGCAGAAACCUCUUCCGAACCGGGAGAAGGCGCACCUGUACCCCCACCGCGCAAAUCCUCUGGCGCCAAGAAACCCAAAUCUAAAAAGUAAACAAACACUCAUAGGUUUGUAUCAUUUAUCAUUUUUCACAAACUAUUUCACUCUUAUCACUUUUGUUUUGUCUUCUAAUCUAAUCUUCAUUCAUCACACGUAUAUAAUCUUCAUCAUUUCAAAGUUUCAAAUAAAGUUUGUCUUCUGAA